AUGCCCUUCUUACCAUUAUCUAAUAUCCUGAGCUUAAGGAAGGAACUGGAAGGAACGGCCGCCGAAAUCGUGACGUGGGGUAGUGACGGAUACGGUGAUGGCGUUAAACAAUGGAGUGAUACUUGUGAUGAACAAGUUGGUGCCGUAGUUCGGGUCACAUCGGCCGGCGAAGCAGCUGCAGUCGUCCGCUUUGCCGCAUGCCAUAAGAUUCCUUUCGCAGUUAAAGGCGGGGGGUACUCUACUAGCGGAGCCUCGACAACCCGCGGUGGUAUCGUUUUGGACCUUUUCUACCUACGAAGGGUCCAAGUGGAUCCGGUAUCUCAAGUACUCAUUGCAGAAGGCGGGGCGCUGUGGGAAGAUAUCGACAUUGCAGCAGCCCAGCACAAGCUAGCAGUUGUCGGAAGUACACUGAACCAUAUUGGGGCAGCAGGAGCAACAUUGGGAGGAGGUUAUGGAUGGUUGACAGGCCAGUAUGGCCUGGCGAUUGAUAAUUUGCUCUGGGCGAAGAUGAUCCUAGCUGAUGGCAGCGUGGUUACUGCUUCCGAAGAGCAACAUCCGGACCUCUUUUGGGCUAUUAGAGGUGCCGGUCAGAGUUUUGGAGUGGCCAUUGAGUUAGGUUUCCAAGCCCACAAACAGAAUCACCCUGUAUUUGCUGGGACUCUUCUUUUCUCAGCGGACAAACUACCCAAGAUUGUUGAUUUUGUGAACCAGUUCGAGACUCUCACCGAUAGUAAGCAGGGCUUCUGGUUUGGAUUCACCGCGUCGCCCUCAAUGGGCGAGUGCUCCAUCUUGGUGGUUAUCUUCUAUAAUGGGAAUCAAACAGAUGCAGAGCAAUUCUUUUCCCCGGUGCUUUCCCUGGACCCGGUGGUGAACGAGGCACAAAUGCUUCCUUACGAUAGUCUCAACGGAAUAUUGAACGCGAUGGAUACAAAGUCUCGCCGCAGAAGCUCUGAGGGAUCCGAUAUUACUUUUCCUGUCGAUGAAAUCGUUGGUCCUCGGAAAAGCCUGCGAGGAUCGAAUAUCACUGUCCCUCUAGAUCCUGACUUUGUAUUAUCGAUAUACCACGAGUUCGACGGCAUCUUGAGAGAUUUCCCACUGGCCAGGGACAGCAUAUUGCUUUUCGAGCUUCUGCCAAAUUCACAGGUAGCCAAGGUUCACAAUAAUGCCACCGCCUUUGCCAGUCGCGGUCCUUAUUAUAAUGUCAGUUCUCUAUUUAGAUGGCAUAACCCUCGUCUGGACGAACAAAUACACUCACUUCAGACGGAUCUGAUGGACCGGAUUGGAACACGUGCAGGCAUCCGUGUCCGACCCGAUUACAACAUAACCAGGCACGGAACAGGAGUAUAUGCGAACUACGCGGGGAAUGAUCUGCCCAACGAUGAAAUAUUUGGACAUAACCUUGCACGACUUCAGGCGCUGAAGAAGAAGUAUGAUCCUGAUAAUAUGUUCAGAAAGUGGCACAACAUCACAGCGCCUAUCGACAUUCCGGGAUAG